AUGCCUUACCUCGAAGACCCCUUGGAUUACGAGCCUGGCGGGCUACAUCCCGUCCAUAUAGGUGAUACGUUUGCAGCAGGGCGUUACGAGGUCAUCGACAAACUUGGGCACGGCUGCUCUUCCACCAUCUGGCUCGCUCGCGACCUGACAACUGCAAGCUACGUCUCACUCAAGAUUAUAGAAGCUGAUAGAUCGGAAUCGUCGACUGAGUUGAUGGUCUUGAAACAUCUUGAAGCAACGUUCGAUGCAGAGGAAGAGGGAAGCCAACAUGUAGUCCGAAUGCUUGACCAUUUUGUGCACGAGGGACCGAAUGGAUCACAUUUGUGCAUCGUUCAGGAAUUCCUUGGGCCCACCCUGACCACCAAAAUUGAAGCCAAUUCUGCCUCCUCUAAGCCGAAGGCCCGUCGAAUUGCUGGCCAACUUCUUCACGCUGUCGCCUAUCUUCAUAAACGUGGAAUCGCACAUGGCGACCUUCACACUGGCAAUAUCCUUCUCUGUAUCCCCGCCUCACUCAGUAUCGAUUUUGGCACUCCAAUAAGAGAUACAUGCGGGUUACCUGCGACGCCCUCUCCUCAUAGGCCGAAAUAUCUUGUUGGACCCAUCAUUGAACGCGUCCCAAACAAAUUCAUACGGUCCUGCCUGGACAAGCCUCACAUCAAAGUGUGCGAUUUCAGCGAGUCGUACAUGACGGGCAUGACCGAGCCUCCACCACUUGCUUCCCCCCAUAUUCUCCGACCGCCAGAAGGAAUCCUCGGUGACUUACCCCACGCAACUCUACAAACGGACAUCUGGGGACUGGCGGUUGUAAUCUUCCAAAUUCUUACCAAUGGCGGUUCUCUGUUUUCUUCGCUUAAUGACGACUACACUCUGGAGACCAUCGUCUUGACGUUGGGCAAACUACCCGAACCGCUGUGGCGCAGUUGGAGCAAUCGUGAAAAGUUUUUCGACGACGACGUAAAUCCAGUCCUCCAAGUCAACUCCUGGUCAGGGUUGAGUGGGAUCUCAUCCAAGACUUCCCUGAAGGAAACAAUCGGACAUUGGCCAGUCGCAAAGGAAGAGAUUUUGGCAUUGGAGGCGAUGUUGGAGGCGAUGUUGCGCUAUGAUGCGAAGAGCAGAUGCUCGUUAAGCGAUCUUGUUCAUUGCGACUGGAUGGUGGGUUACGGUCACCGCCGUGGGGGGGGUGAUGUAGUUGUGCCAACUCAGACGGACGUGGACCUAAGCAUCGGUGUUCAAGAGGGCGGUCGAAAAGAGGGCAGUCGAAAGAAAACCAAAAAAUCCCGGAGAAACAAAGGGAAGAAAGGGGGAAAGGAGAACAGUCGCACGUAG